AUGAGCUCUGAGCUCCCUGCCACCGACGGUCAGAUUCCAGCCUCCAUCUGUGUCCACGGACUACAUCUGCUGCUGUCCACAGGAGCCAGCAUCCCCUCCUCAUCCACUGUCAGCUGGACAGCCGCGGACCUCCGGCCCAGACCUGCGUCCCCGUGCCCACUUCUCCUGAUCCCUUGGCCGCCUGCAGAAGGCUGGAGCAGGGACGCCGUCGCUCCGGCCGCCUGCUCCCUUUGGGUCCCUGCGCGAGCCCACGCCGGCCCCGGCGCCCACCCGCAGCCCUGCCCCUGGACACCGGAUAAGGCCCAUCGCACAGACCCCCUGGUGGACAGGAUGGAAUGCAGCUCACGCCCCCUGGUCAUUGCCCUGCUGCUGGCCAUCUACAGCCUCAGCUCCACAAGUCUUGCAGAAACAGUCCAUUGUGACCUACAGCCUGUGGACCCUGAGAGGGGCGAGGUGACAUACACCAUGAGCCAGGUCUCUAAGGGCUGCGUGGCCCAGGUCCUCAACGCAACCCCUGAAGUUCACAUCCUCUUCCUGGAAUUUCCCUCUGCGCCGUCAGAGCUGGAGCUGACUCUCGAGGCAUCCAAGGAAACUGGCAUCUGGCCUCGAGAGGUGCUUUUGGUCCUCUGUGUAAACAAGAAUGUCUUCCUGCAGCUGCAGGCCCCAGGAAUCCCCCUCCACCUGGCCUACAACCACAGCCUGGUCACCUUCAAAGAGUCCCUGGGAGUCAACACGACACAGCUUCCACUCUUCACAGUCGAGAAUCAGCUCUACAACUGGGCAGCUACAAAGGGCUCUAUCGCCUCUAUUGCCAAGCUGAACGACCCCGGCAGCAUCCUCCUCCGUCUGGGCCAAGCCCCGAAGCCACUGUUCGUCUGCCCGCAAGAGGCCCCCGUGGACAUGGGCCGCAUGCUCGAGUGGCAGCCGCGUACCCCGGCAUUGAUACGGGGCUGCCGCUUGGAAGGCGUGUCAGGCCACAAGGAAGCGCACAUCUUGAGGGUCCUGCCAGGCUCCGCGGUCAGUCCUCGGACGGUGACGGUGAAGGUGGAGCUGAGCUGUACGUCGGGGGACCCCGACGCCAUCCUCAUCCUGCAGGGCCCACCCGAAAUAUCCUGGCUCAUCGACGCCACCCACAACGUGCAGAUCUGGACCACUGGUGAAUACUCCUUCAAGAUCUUCCCUGAGAAGAACAUCCCUGGCUUCAUGCUCCCAGAUACUCCCCAAGGCUUGCUAGGAGAAGCCCGGAAGCUCAACGCCAGCGUCGUGGCAUCCUUUGUGGAGCUCCCUCUUGUCAAUGCCGUCUCACUUCGGGCCCCCAGCUGUGGUGGUGGGCUGCAGACCUCACCAGCACCAGUCCAGACCACCCUUCCCAAGGACAGCUGCAACCAGGAGCUGCUCAUGGCCCUGAUCCAGCCCACGUGCUCUAAUGACGUCAUGACUCUGGUACUCAAGAAAGAGCUUGUCUUGGCUCUGCGGUGCACCAUCAUGGGACUGACCUUCUGGGACCCCAGCUGUCAGGCUGAAGACAAUGCUGAUGAAUUUGUUCUGCGCAGCACGUACUCCAAGUGUGGCACAAAUGUGACAGAAAAUGUGAUCAGCAAUGAGGUAGUCAUCAACUUCCUGUCGAGCUCAUCACCACAGCGGAAAGAGGUGCACUGCAUCAAGAUGGAAAGCCUCUCCUUCCAGCUGAGCCUCUACCUCAGCCCACACUUCCUUCAGGCCUCCAACACCAUCGAGCUGGGGCAGCAGGGCUUUGUGCAGGUGAGCGUGUCUCCGCUGGUCUCUGAGCUUGUGUUCCAGCUAGAGAGCUGCCACCUGGACUUAGGACCUGAGGCAGACACCGUAGAACUCAUCCAGAACCAGGCAGCCAAAGGCAGCUGUGUAAGCCUGCUGCCCCCAAGCCCUGAUGGUGACCUGCGCUUCAGCUUCCUCCUCCGUGGGUACAUGGUGCCCACACCCAAGGCUGGCACCCUCAGCUGCACCAUAGGCCUGAGUCCCAGAACCUGGUCCCGGGACGUCCAGAGGGUUGUCUCCAUGCACCUGAACAUCAUCAGCCCCAGCCUGACUGACAAAGGUCUCGUCCUGCCCGCUGUGCUGGGCAUCACCUUUGGCGCCUUCCUCAUCGGGGCUCUGCUCACCGCCGCGCUCUGGUACAUCUACUCCCACACACGUCCCCCUGGCAAGCGGGAGCCCGUGGUGGCGGUGGCUGCCCCAGCCUCCUCAGAGAGCAGCAGCACCAACCACAGCAUCGGAAGCACCCAGAGCACCCCCUGCUCCACCAGCAGCAUGGCGUAG